CAAGAUAUCCGUGUUCUUGCUGUGUCGGACCUUCUGUAGAUGUGUGAUUACUCCGCGCAAGUUGCUGUCAACUGUGACGCUUCCCCCCUCCCUUUUGCUCGUCGAUAUUUCACCUGUAUUCUGACUAUGCUGCUGGCCAGUUGUGACUGCUUGUUCGACGCUGAAGGACCCAAUCGCCAAGACCAUCGCUGAGUUUAGGGGCUUGGAGGCAGAGACGUGGAAGAGCAGCCGCAGCAAGUCGACCCCAAAAGACCUGCCAACGACCAUUGCCAUAACUACUGUUCACCUGGAUCCUCGCUGCCGUUUGACGAUCGACACCGUUACAUCGCCGUAAGUCUCUGAGAAUUCCCACCACACCACCAAUCCUAAUUCUGCCGGUGUAUUUUUUCCAAUGGCUUGCUUCCGCGCCACAAGACAACAUUGGUCAGCGGAUAUAUGAGAGGCGGCCUUACCAUCCACGAGAACAUCUGUGGUCAGCAUGUCGUUUACAGAGCUGCGAUACCACACCCUCGACGAGAUCAGUGAGGUCUACGAAAGGUUGCAGAAGACCUUCCGCGCUGGGAAGACUCGACCAUUUGACUACCGUCGAAGGCAGCUCCACCAGCUCGGGAGGCUUGUGCAGGAGAACCUAUCCGCCCUCGAGGCGGCGGUGGGCGAGGACCUCGGCAAGCCGAAGCUGGAGACGGUCGGCGAGCUGAACGGCGUGAUCGCCGGAGUUAGGUACGCCAUUGACAACGUCGAGCAGUGGGCGCGCCCGGAGAAGGUGGAGGUCGUGGAGGACUUCAAGAAGGGCUGGGAUGCGACGGUGUAUAAGGUUCCGCACGGAGUGGUCUUGGUGAUCGGACCAUGGAAUUAUCCGUACAUCCUCAAUCUCGGACCCCUCUUAGGCGCCAUAGCCGCCGGAUGCACCUGUGUAGUCAAACCCUCAGAGCUGGCGCCCGCCUCCUCGAAGCUCAUGGAGGAGCUUUGCGCGCGGUACCUUGACCCCGACUCGUAUUCAAUCCUGAACGGCGCCGUGCCCGAGACCACGCAUCUCCUCGAACUCCGGUGGGACCAUAUCCUCUUCACGGGCAGUGGUAGAACGGGACGCAUCGUUGCGGCCUCGGCGGCAAAACACGCCACGCCUGUGACGCUCGAGCUCGGCGGCAAGUCGCCCGUCGUGAUUGCGGACGACGCGGACCUGGACCUGGCGGCCAAGCGCGUGCUGCACGGCAAGGGGCAGAACAGCGGGCAGCUCUGCGUGUCCCCCGACCACGUCUAUGUCCCUCGCUCAAAGCAAGACGCGUUCAUCGCCGCGCUGCUCAAGCACUACGACGCCUUCUGGCCAGACGGACCCUUUCACGAGUCCGCGCGCUGGGGUAAGAUCGUGAACCCGUCGCACCACGCCCGCCUGCGCGCGCUGCUCAGUCGCACGAAGGGCGAGAUUGUCAGGGGUGGCAGAUAUGACGGCGAAGCGCGAAUCGCGCCGACGAUCGUGAAGAACGUGGUGCCGGACGAUGCGUUGAUGGAAGAGGAGCUGUUCGGGCCGAUCUUGCCUCUGGUGCCUGUGGACGACAUGGAACAGACGAUUAGGUUGCUGAAUGCACAGACGGUCCCGCUGGUCCUCUAUCUAUUCACGAAUAGCGAAAACGUGAAGCAGCAGUUUCUAGAACGCACAAACAGCGGCACACUCGUUAUUAACGACACGACGAGUCAGUUAGCGGUAUACGAGAUGCCGUUUGGUGGCCAGCGAGACUCAGGCUACGGCAGAUGGAACGGCAAGUACACGUUCGAUACAUUCACGCAUCUACGGAGUUACAUCCACGUCCCGCUUGCCGCGGAGCCGUUCAUGGACGGCCGGUACAUGCCCUACACGGACGGGAAGUACGAGGCCAUGGCAGCUAUUGUCAAAGCACCAUUGCCGAAACUGUGACACCACUAUCAUUCUGGACGUUCGUUCGGUGCCCUUGGACAUUUGUGAUGUAGCAUACAGCUGGAUGCACAAGAGUUUGUGGUGUAUUUCUAUCUGGCUGAAUGAGCACGGUGACACUGAUCUGCAAAGUCAAAUAAUUA